AACAUUGAUCCCGAUGUUUAUUAGUAGACAAUCUGUUUUCUUGACAUUUAAUCCUAUAUCUUUGAAAUAUCAUUUAGUUAUUUUGAAUCAUGGCUAUCUAGGACAUAAUUGUUUGAGAUCACUCAACAACUAUUACUGUUUAAUUAUGAUCGGGAUCGACAUUCUCAUUAGCUGAUAAAGCCUGUUCAACAGCUGAAGUGAACAGGGGAAAAUGACCACAAUUCGUCCGUUUGUUUGUGACGAUUUAUUUAGAUUUAACAAUGUGAAUUUGGAUCCAUUAACAGAAACUUAUGGACUUCCAUUUUACAUGCAGUACUUGGCCAGAUGGCCAGAGUACUUUCAGACGUGCGAGUCGGCUGGAGGGAGGAUUAUGGGAUACAUCAUGGGAAAAGCAGAAGGUGGUGGAGAGAAGUGGCAUGGUCAUGUGACCGCCCUGACAGUGGCCCCCGAGUUCCGUCGCCUGGGUCUGGCCGGAACAUUGAUGAAUAACCUUGAACAAAUAUCAGAACAGAAAAAAUGUUUUUUUGUGGACCUGUUUGUGAGGGUAUCUAAUAAAGUAGCCGUCAACAUGUACAGGAAGCUGGGCUAUGAUGUUUACCGGACUGUUCUAGAAUACUACUCUGGUGACGUGGAUGAAGAUGCUUAUGACAUGAGGAAGGCCCUGUCUAGAGACAAAGACAAGAAAAGCAUGAUUCCUCUGAAGAGACCUGUCCGACCAGACGAGUUGGAUUGACCAUGAGCCAGGUGGAUUACCAUGGAGACGAGUUACUAUGGAUACUGCUAGGGACAGCCAUUUUUGUUUUGGUUUCAAUUCUGUACAUUUUAAUCCAAGAACUUGGAAUCCCAUUUUACACCACAUCUACAACUCGAUCAGAUCUGUGAGAGGAAUUCUCAAAAAUAGGUCCCAACAGAAGUAAGCUAUGUUUCAUGUGGUUACCCAAAUUUUGGACAUGAUAAUGCUCUCAAAUCCUAGAUAAUUCUGGUGUGAUGAAAUGUGUACAAGACCUGUUUAUUACAGUUGCUGUGGUUUCGGUGGUAGGUUGAUUGAUGGCCUAUAGUUUGACUAUUAAAAUCGACCACCUGUACUCCAUCAGAACCUCGAGAGAUAGAACACCUUGGCUUACACUUAUCAAAUGGUCUGCUGAACAGUCAAGUAGAAAUAAAUACGACACUAAGCUAAGGCUUUCCAAUAAAAAUCAUAUUCAAAAUGGCUUAUCCUGAAACUGUGUGAAAUAAUUUUCAAGCUGUAACUUUUAUUUUGUAAAUACUUACCAUGAAAUUAAGUGAAGAAAAUUGUAGGGGACGAAAACUGAAAUGGUUUAUUUGUUUUUAUUUUAUUUUUACGAUUUGAUAUCUGUAGAUUGUUUUUAUGGAUCUUGUUUCCAUGGUGACCCACCUGGUGUUUCGUAGUAAGUUUGUAAAUAAAUAGUGAGUUAGUAUGUUGUCAGAAUGCGUGCAUUAUUAAUUGUAAUACUGUGGUAAUUGUUUCAUUUGUUUCACAGAUUAAUGUAUUUUAACGAGAUUGCUCAUCAGUAGUGUUACAGUUCGAUAUUUUUACUGCUUAACGAAAUACAUAUACCUAUCUGAAAUUGUAGGACAACUGGAAAUUUUAUGUUUUUAUUGUAAAAGCAAAAAUUGCUUAUGGAAAAUUUGUUGUAUGUUUUGUUUAAAUUUCACAAAUUACAACAUUUUAAAGAAUUUCCGUUACUCCACCAUAAGUGUUUCUACUGCUCUCUGGUGACACAGUGGGUAUUUUCAGAAGUAUUAUAGCUUUUGGAAAUGCUCAUCUUUGCAAUAUGUUAGAUGUAUAACGGUACAAGUUUUGAGAAAAUGUCUUUUUAUAUGAAGCUGUGUUUAAAUAAAGUGUGUGAUUCUUA